GUUGGGUCUGUGUUCAUUGCCUGGCGGGAAUAUAAUUAACUUUGGAUGUGUUUAUAGUGUGUGUCUCACGGUAGCCACACACGCAGACUCACUCAGCAUGGCCGAGUACACCAUCGGAGGAGUGAAGAUAAACUUCCCCUGCAAAGCAUAUCCCUCUCAACUUGCCAUGAUGAACUCUAUUGUCCGUGGCCUGAACCAUGGGCAGCACUGUUUACUGGAAAGCCCUACUGGCAGUGGAAAGAGCCUUGCACUGCUCUGCUCAGCGUUGGCAUGGCAGCAGGCACAGUACGCUAAGCCUGACCAGGAUGGAGGAAGCACUUCUUGUGAUGUAAAAAAGCCAUGUGAUGUUACUACCCCAUGUCAGUGUGUGUGCCACAGCAGAACUCAUUGCUCGUCCACUUUCUUCAGCACUACAGCCUCUAAACCAGCUGUGAUUGACCUCACUGGAGAAGACUCUACUGCCCAAGUCAAUACACCUUCAAGAGCAUUGGAGGAAAAUCCACCGAAGAGAUCCACACUAUCAUCCAGGCUUUCUGAGAAAUUUCAGGCUUCCCUUACUAAACAGGAAGAACCAAGUGACGAAGACUUUAAGCCUGAUAAAAAGCGCAUUCGGGCACUUGCUGCUGAUCAGAGGAGCAGGAAGCGAAGAUGUCUUGAAAAAGGUGUGAUAUUCGAUGAUGAUGAGGAGGAGGAAGAGGAAAGGGCUAAUCGUAGGGCUCAGGCCACAGCUGAAGGUAGCCUGCCACCUGCUGAAAGCUGUUCUCUAGUACCUUGUUCCCUAUGUGCUUGUGCAAGCCUUGCAGAAGGUCAGAAGGCAGGUGGAAAAGUCAAGGACAAAGACAAAGAACGCAAUGGAAAGAAAGCUGUACCCAAAAUUUUCUUUGGCACACGCACUCAUAAACAGAUCACCCAAAUUGCACGAGAGCUGAAGCGGACGCUGUAUUCCACCGUGCCUAUGACCAUCCUAUCCAGCCGAGACCAUACGUGUGUCCACCCUGAAGUGGUACCCCACGCCAACCGCAAUGAACGCUGCAAGGAGCUGCUUGAGGGCAAGAAUGGGCAGUUAUGUAGAUUCUACCACAAUGUGCAUAAGAUGCGGGAGCAAAGGACUUUGCAGUGGGUGCAUGGGCUGCACCAGGCCUGGGACAUAGAAGAGCUGGUCAGUCUGGGCAGUAAGCUGCGCUCCUGUGCCUACUAUGCAGCCCGGGAGCUCAUGCAGGAGGCUUGCAUAGUUUUUUGCCCAUACAACUACUUGCUGGACCCUCUUAUACGGGAGAGUAUGGACAUCAAUCUAAAGGGGCAGAUUGUGGUGCUGGAUGAGGCUCAUAACAUUGAGGAUUGUGCCCGUGAGUCUGCAAGCUUCACAAUAAACCAGGCUCAGCUGCUGGAGGCUCGUGAGGACCUUGAAGUGAUGUUGAAAUAUAACAUCCGCCAGAACAACCAUGAGCCCCUUCUAGGCUUUUGCUGCAGCCUGCUCAACUGGAUACAAGAAAGCUCCAAUAAUUUGCAAGACAGAGAUUAUGAGACUGCCUAUAAGGUGUGGACUGGGAAGGAAGUUCUGGACAUUUUCCAUGGUCUUGGUAUAACAGCCGAAACGUUUCCUGUGCUUCAGAAGCACUUUGAGGCAGUGCUGGAGAAGGAAGAGCGGGUUGGGCUGGUGAACGGGAGAGAGGACACUGUACAGGUUCCCACCAUCAGCUCCAAAACUCAGACUGUGCUCAAGAGCCUUUUUAUGGUGUUGGGCUUCCUGUUUCGACAAAACUGCAGAUUUGCGGAUGACUACCGUGUGGCUCUGCAGCAGAGUUAUGUUUGGACUACCCAGGAGGAUGUGCCAGAUGUCCAGGGUUUUUUUGCCCGGCCUCGUCGUCGCCGCCAGACAGCCCGCACUAAAUCCCUUGUGCACACACUUAGCUUCUGGUGCCUAAACCCUGCAGUUGCAUUCUCUGAUCUGAGCACAGCGGUUCAUAGUAUAGUGCUCACUUCUGGUACCCUCUCACCCAUGGGGUCCUUCUCUUCUGAGCUGGGCCUCAAGUUCUCCAUCCAGCUGGAGGCCAGCCAUGUCAUCAGUAAGUCUCAGGUAUGGGUUGGCACCAUUGGGGCAGGUCCUCAGGGCCGUAGACUGUGUGCCACAUUCCAGCAUGCAGAAACCUUCAACUUCCAGGAUGAGGUGGGUGCACUGCUGCUGAAAGUGUGCCAGACGAUGAGCCGAGGAGUUCUCUGCUUCCUGCCGUCCUACAAGAUGCUGGAUAAGCUGAAGGAUCGCUGGAUGAACACAGGUUUGUGGGAGAAGCUGGAGGAGAAGAAAGCAGUGAUUGCAGAGCCACGUGGAGGAGCCAAGAGUGAUUUUGAUGAGCUGCUACAAACGUACUACAAUGCCAUUAGACAAAGUGGUGCCAGAGAUGGAGCACUUCUGAUUGCAGUUUGCAGAGGGAAAGUGAGUGAGGGGCUGGAUUUUUCUGAUGACAAUGCCAGAGCUGUGGUCACUAUUGGCAUUCCCUUCCCCAACAUUAAAGACCUGCAGGUUGAACUGAAGAUGAAAUAUAAUGACCAGCACUGUAAAUCCAGAGGCCUUCUUCCUGGAGGCCGAUGGUAUGAGAUCCAGGCCUUCCGGGCCCUAAAUCAGGCUUUGGGAAGGUGUAUUCGACAUAAAAAUGACUGGGGUGCACUUAUUUUAGUGGACGAUCGUUUUAGAGCUAACCCCAACAAGUAUAUCACAGGCCUGUCCAAGUGGGUGCGUCAGCUGGUGAAGCACCAUGACAGCUUUACUAGUGCCAUGGAGUCUUUGGUGUCCUUCUCCCAGUGUCAGCAAGGAGAAAUAGAGAGCCACACUGAAGAGCUUGUUCAAGCUAACCUUGAAUCCCCCAGGACUCAGUCAUCAACUCUACAGUUGCCUCCAAAACUUCCAAAACUGCACCAGUCCCUGAGCUCUGAGGGUCAGAUUACUCCUCCCUCUGAAGCAGGUGACCAGAAAUCUUCACAGCAUCAAUCAGAAUCACUAAUUUCUCAGUGUGACAUGCCUAAAAUCCUGUCAAAACCGCAAACAAUGGCUACCUUGUUCACCUCUACACCAGUGAGUUCUCGAUUCAGGACUCCUAUCUUCCAAUCUAAGGACUCCAAAAAGGACAUGAACCAGUGUGUAGAUUCAGCGGUCAUUAAUAAGGACACAGAUUUUGCAUAUGACCAGGCAGCUGAAGAUCAGACUAAAGUGGUUCCUGAGAACAAAUUGAAUGAGAUUCCUCCUGACUCUCCUCUUCAGACACCAGCCCUGUCCCCUGUUAUGACUUGCUAUGUUUCUAACCCGGAAGCAAGUGAAGCAGGAUCUGAAGAUGCUAAGGAGGAUGACCAGAGUAUCUUCUAUUCCCCAGAGCUGUUUGAGGUAGAAGAAGAGGAGUCUGCUGCAGCAGCUGUAGAGGAAAAUGAUGAGACAGCUAAGGCAGCUACAGAGGAAACUCAUCAUCAGAUUGAACAGCUUCUUUGCCCCAUCGGAAAGAUAGCUGACAGACUACAGCCUGAGGUGUUCAGGUCUGAGAAGGGCCAAAUGGCCUGUGCUGGCCCGAGUGAUCUUAAAGAAGCUGCUGUGUUUGCUGAAAGAGACUAUGUUUCUCCUAACAAUGACUGUGUGCUGUCUGAGAGUUUAUCAGAGCAGGCAGAGGGGACCUGUAGUAUAGGCAGUGAGAACAAUGCUACACAGCAACACCACCACAACAGCAAUAAGUCACGUAGGCUCUCCAGGUCCAGGCAAAAAGCAUCUAGUAGAGAAGCAGGUCACAGUGCAGGGGAGAGAAAGAAAGAGAAAUUCUACAAACCCAGAAAGCGAGGGAGUUGUGACAAGGCAUCACAAUCUUCAAAAAGCCCAGCCCAGACUCCUGCUUUACACCAAGUCCAGGAUAUUAGACCUCAAUGCAGUGAUGCAGUUACAACAGAAACCCAAGUAGAAAGGCUGCUGAAAUCAGAAAGUAUAAAGGAUUUUGAAUGUGAAAGUAGCUCUAAGGCAAUGCAGGCCUCAGUUUUCUGCAUGCAGUAUGGUUUUACUAAAGCAAAGAAUACAGCACUGACAGUGAGAAGAACAACAAGGAAAACAGGAAUAAAGCACAUGAGCUGUUCUAAUCCCACAGCAAAUGACUGUCAUACCGAUAGUCAGUCUGCAAUGAGCUUUGAUAUUAGCAAUCCAGAGCCACAUAGUAGAAAAAGACAUUUGACUGUAUGUAAUGAGAGGAACGGUUCUUCUCAUCAAACAGGAGAAGUGCAUGAGGUCUCAAGUGUUUAUCAGAGAGGGAUAAGAGUUCAAAGGUCGUCUGUAAGGAAAAGAAGGCUGAGUAAUAUGGUGGGAAAGGAUAAAACCUCUACAAUCAAGCCAGACAAAAGACAGAAGCAGUUUUCCAGUGGUUCGCCAUGUAUGAAAGGACUUAACUGUGGUUUAUGUCAGAUGGAGCUCCUUCCCUUUGCUCAAGGUGUAGUACAGAGUGCAGUUUGUGAACAAGUAGAAGUGUCCAAGUUAGUGGAGAGCUUGAAGCAAUUUGGUGAGAGACCACAGUGUUUAUGUAGUCCAGUAAAAGCCAGUCAGAGUAUUGGAAAUUCACUUCUAAUGGUCCAGAACGGCUUAGAUUUACAGACCCUGCGUUGUUCACUUCAACCCUACCUGCCUGCGAAUAAAAAAGGCUUGUGCUCGUACAAUGCAAUGUGGAAUAAGGCCAAGUGUUCAGUGACCCAGCUGCUGCAGUGUCAGGGUUGUGUAUCUGACCAUGCUGAUUGGGCUGUCAUCAUGGCAGCAGAGGUCCAUCACCCUAAGGAACCUGCUCUUGACCAGAUCUGGUUGGUUCCAGCAGCACUCAGGUUCUGCUCUAGGAUCAAGACUCUUUGGCCCAUUCAAGGGAGUCAGCAGUGAUCUGCAUUUUUACAC